AUGUCCUCUCCGAUCACAGAUGAACGGACGUCGUUGCUCUACCGUCUCAACCCGUCACUUAUCAUGGAAAACACCACCUCCCAGCCACGAGACGGACUCCAGGCGGAGCGAACAACGCUCACGUUCACGCGGUUUUCCGCGACGUUGGCAUUCACGAGCGUCGCCAUGGUGCUCAACUACCGCUUGGAGUCCUCCUCACUGCCUGAAGACGACGGGUUCCAUAGAUCAAAAUUCACGUUGCCCGUGGGUAUCUUGCUUAUCACGCUCGCCCUCAGUUCGUUGGUAGUCAGUGGCUUCAACUACGUCAAGACGAUUCGACACUAUGCCUCGGGGAAGAUUAAAACGGUGUCCAGUCUCCCGACUAUCCUUCUUGUUAGUUGUAUUGUGGUGGUAUUGCUAGGGAUCAAUAUAGGCCUCAUCAUCGACGGGUAUUCAUCGUAA